UCAAAUAAUGAAAAAAUAAAUGAAACAUGGAAUCAUACCAACUGGUUGUCUGAAAUAUAAUAAUUCGGAAAUAAAAUUUAAAAUUCGAUCGGUACACGGAGUUAAAUAUACAAGUUGCGAGUGUCGAUGGAAAAAUCUAAAUUUUUCCAACAAAGUAUUGAGUUUUUGGGAUUUACUAUUAGCCCUAUCACGCAAUUCAUCGUACAAUGUUUUUUCGGAAAAGUUACGAAAUUGCUUCCAUGCAAUUCGAUUAUCUUAAAAUGUAAGUUCGAAAUUCGUAAAGUGACAUUCACAGAAUACAUUCGAAUCGUCAAAUUCGGAAGUUUUUUAAAAUUAUUCUACAACGCGUUUUUGCUAACGGAAAAAUUUAAGAACAUACAUAAAAAAGAAGAAAUAAAGCAAAAAUAGGUUCAAAUGUCUAAAGUAAUAACCACGAAACAACAAUAUGCGCUUCUGCUUGAACUUUUGCAGCAAAAGCCCGAAAUGGCGCAGGGUUUUUCAAAGUGUCCUAAGGAAGAAGCAGCGGAAUUUUGGAGUAAAGUAGCCGAUGAACUCAACAGUGUAGGCCCCCCUACUAAAGACAUUUCAAGCUGGAAGAAGGUAUGGCUAGAUUGGAAGGCAUAUAUAAAAAGGAAAUUGGCCGAAAACAAAAAAGAACAGUCAGCUACUGGUGGCGGUCGAAAUAGACAGCACCAUUUCAGCGAAUUGGAAGAAGCUAUAAUUAAAUUAACUGCGUUAGAGACGAGUACUAACGGCAUACAAAACACAGUGAAUGUGGGUUUAUCUAUGGCAGUUGACACUGAUAAUGAAGCCGAGGCCUUCAAUGAGUUGUAGCCCUGCACUGCCAAGACGCAGCACUAAGCCACCAGAAACAAGUACAAUAGAUUUUGUAAAAGAACAACUUUUACUUCAAAAAGAU